AUUCUAGCAGCUUUUAUAGCUUGUCAAAAUUAAACGUCAUUGCAAAUUAUUAAUCUCUUAAUAUUUAUAUGAAAUUGUAAGAAAUGUGAAAUCAGUUUGAACUGACCUCAAAUGAGACGAAAUGCAACGAAUCGCGAGUUACAUAUUUAAAGCAAAAACUGUUUUGUAUCCAAGACAGAUAGAUUACAGAUUAGUUAAAAUAUCUCAUACUGCGACUAAUUGGAAGCAAUAUAGGAAGUAUCCUGACAGGGAGCCUUGUCCGUUGCCUCCCCCGCCUCCCAAACCCAAAGAAAAGGACGAUAAACUAGUAUGGGGCACGGUGUUCCUCGCAACACUAACGGGAGCAUUCAUGUAUUACGCUAAACAGUCACCGGCGACUCGAGACUGGCUCACAAUAUACGCGCCCUGGUUCGAUGAUAUGAUAGCUGUGAUUUUUCAAGAGAAUAUGACAUAUAAAGAAUACAUAAAUGAAUGUAUUGAAGAUUUUAAGAAUUACAUAAAUUUAAACAAACAACCUGAUGUCUGUAAAAUCGAAGAUGCAACGCCUAAAAAAGAAAUUACACCCGUCCCUGAAAAGCCUAAGGAAAUAAUACAACCGGUUAAAGAGGUAAUCGAACAACCCCCGUGCGUCCGUCUCCCGCCGCCUGUGCUGACGAAAGAUAUCUGCGAAGUUGAAUCCUGUUUGACGGAUCUUUUUGAGACCGUUAUUAAUAAUUACGAUACCGCUAAAGCAGCAUGUGUUUAUUAUUCUCAGGCUGUUGAUGAUGCAAUGAACGAUUUUACGAUGCCUAAAUUAAAAGAACUUCGCAAAACAAUGGAGGAAAGAGUGGAUUUAGUCAGAGUGUCGAUUCAAAAUGCGUUGGAAGCACAAGAGGGGAUGGAGGAAUUAACCCGUUAUUUGGAUUGCGGUGUUCAAGCUCUUCCUGAAGCUAUAGAAAAGGCGAAGGAAAUGAUGGGCCAAUGUCAAGAGAAGAUUAAAGCAACUAUAAUAGAAUACCAAUGGGAGAAUGAUAAGGCAUUAGUUCGCGAUAGACAGUGGCAAAUGGUGGAGACGUACAUAGACAAAUAUACGGAGGAAAAUGAAGUUCUGAUACCCGGCCUGCAUUAUACACACAGCAAGCUUAAAAUAGACGGGGAUCCAGACCUACUUUUGUACCAUACUUACCGAUAUAAACGUGAUUUAGAAGAGGAACUCGAAGAUGUUGUUGCCGGUAUGAGGGAACGCGCUGAUAGAGCUAUGGAAACUACGCGCUCGAAAGAUGAAAAAACCGAACGAGAGAGAAUGUUGUUUUUAGAGAAUCUGACUAAAUUGAAACGUCUCGAAUUGGAAAAGGACUUUAAAACAAGGGAAGAAAAUUUAAGGAAAAAGAACGACGAUAUGUUAAGAGACGCGUUAAGAAAACAAUUGCAACGACACGAAGAGAUGUUGGAGAAGAAAUUAAAGCAAAGAGAGAUAGAGGCGACGGUUAAACUCAAGCAAAUGGUUGCUGACAAAGUCGCAGCUGAGAAGCGUCUCUUUGCUAAACAACGCACCGAAAUGGCAGCAAAAUUGAAGAUUUUGGAGGACAAGCUUGCAGCACAUUUAAAAGCAGAGAAAGAGACAAAAAGAUCCCAGGAGCUGUGGGCGGCGGGGUCCUCUCUGUUGGCCGCCACACGCAAGGGGGAGAAGUGUGUUAACGUUUCUAAAGAAUUGAAAGCCAUACAUAAAGCAUCAGGAGGUGAAGAUAAAUUGGUAUCUACCGUCAUGAAGUCAAUACCGAGGUCGGUGUGGGCAGAGGGCGUAGUACCAGACAGUGUACUAAAAGCGAAUUAUUACAAGAUGGAGAAGACAGCGUUAAAAGUAUCUUUAGUAGAAAUGGAAGGCUCUCCGCUGCCUAUUUACUUUAUCUCCUGGUUGCAAUCGAUGUUUUUGUUUUUCAAGGUGUCAAGUAUACCACAAAAGGAGGUGGAUGAUCCGCCCAAAGUUCCACCUAAAGAUAUGGAUACGUAUGAUUUACUUCAAAGGGCUCGUUUCUGGAUAGAGCGUGGUAACCUAGCAACCGCUAUCCGCUACGUGGCGUCUCUGGAAGGCGCGUCUCUUGUCGCGGCGGAGACUUGGCUGGAGGCAGCUCGAAUACAUCUCGAAACACGGCAAGCGGCUGAGGCUAUUGUUGCACACGCUGCGGCUUUGGGAUUGCAGUAUAUUUAGUUAAAACGAGUCAAAAGACAAAAUAAACCAAGACGUCUGCUGUAGAUUUAAUGUCGGGUUAAAUUGUUUGUACUAAAUUACAAUGUCUUGAUUUAAUAAACAACUGAUUUUGUAUUAUUUU